UCCCUCCGCGCCGCCGGGCCUCGUUUCGCCGCUCCCCGCCGGAAGUGCCGACGCCGGAAGCGGAAGUGGCUGUGGCCGUGGCCGGGGGCACGGCGGCCCGGGCUGCGGCGCGAUGUCGGCCAGCGCCGUCUACGUGCUGGACCUGAAGGGGAAGGUUCUCAUCUGUCGAAAUUACCGUGGGGAUGUGGACAUGUCAGAGGUGGAGCAUUUUAUGCCAAUCCUUAUGGAAAAGGAAGAAGAGGGGACGCUUUCUCCUAUCCUAGCCCACGGAGGAGUUCGUUUUAUGUGGAUUAAACAUAACAACCUAUAUCUUGUUGCGACUUCUAAGAAGAAUGCUUGUGUAUCACUGGUGUUUUCAUUUUUAUAUAAAGUAGUUCAGGUUUUUUCUGAAUAUUUCAAGGAGUUGGAAGAAGAGAGCAUUAGGGAUAAUUUUGUUAUUAUUUAUGAGUUGUUAGAUGAGCUUAUGGAUUUUGGUUACCCGCAAACCACUGAUAGUAAAAUUUUACAAGAGUACAUCACUCAGGAAGGUCACAAACUUGAAACUGGAGCUCCACGUCCACCCGCCACUGUUACAAAUGCUGUUUCGUGGAGGUCAGAAGGGAUAAAAUAUAGGAAGAAUGAAGUGUUCCUAGAUGUUAUAGAGUCUGUUAACCUUUUGGUCAGUGCCAAUGGAAAUGUGUUGCGGAGUGAGAUAGUUGGAUCCAUCAAAAUGCGAGUCUUUCUUUCAGGAAUGCCAGAGCUCCGCCUUGGUUUAAAUGACAAAGUUCUCUUUGAUAAUACAGGCCGUGGCAAAAGUAAAUCCGUAGAACUGGAAGAUGUGAAGUUUCACCAGUGUGUUCGUCUCUCGCGCUUUGAAAACGACAGGACGAUUUCUUUCAUUCCGCCUGAUGGAGAGUUUGAACUCAUGUCUUAUCGUCUUAAUACCCACGUAAAACCACUUAUCUGGAUUGAGUCCGUGAUUGAAAAACAUUCCCACAGCCGCAUCGAGUACAUGAUCAAGGCGAAAAGUCAAUUUAAGCGUAGAUCAACUGCCAACAAUGUAGAAAUUCACAUUCCAGUACCAAAUGAUGCAGACUCGCCAAAGUUUAAAACCACUGUUGGAAGUGUCAAAUGGGUUCCAGAGAAUAGUGAAAUUGUCUGGUCCAUUAAAUCUUUUCCAGGUGGAAAAGAAUAUCUGAUGAGAGCUCACUUUGGACUUCCAAGUGUUGAAGCUGAAGAUAAGGAAGGAAAACCUCCCAUUAGUGUCAAAUUUGAGAUUCCAUAUUUCACCACUUCGGGAAUCCAGGUUCGCUACUUAAAGAUAAUUGAGAAGAGCGGCUAUCAGGCUCUCCCGUGGGUUCGUUACAUUACCCAGAAUGGAGACUACCAGCUUCGAACACAGUAAAACACCUUCCAAGCACCACAGAUGACAAAACUUCAGGCCUAGAAUUUGUUCGCAGAAGCUUCUGUGGUACUGAGCGCUGUGAAUGUUCUUGCCAAGGGUCUUGUUUCUGCAAACUUGGAUUGGGCAGGAUUGAAAAUUUACUGUUUUCAGUAAUGUGUUUGAGCAUUUGAACCAUUAGUAUUGAUUGUGUGAAUAUUUAUUUCAUUCUUAGAACAUGCUGAUCUUGCUGCUAAAUGCUAAUUACAUUAGGAGUAGCCGUUACCGUGAAGAGCCAGGAAUACAGAAUGAACCUUGAGAAUGUCUUGUCAAUGCCUUGUCCAUUAUAUUCACAGAGUUUCUAGUAUUCAUAUUUUAGGAUCUUUAAAGUCAUUGGUAGUGUUAUCCUGCAGAUUAGGUAGACAAUUGUGCAAUUACAUGACUGCUGAACAGUUAGUUGUAUUUAGCCCGAGGUAUUUAUUCUUUUUUCUGGGCAUAUGGGUGCCUUAACUCAUUCAGAGCUCUGUUAACUUAUAAAAUUUUACGAAAUACGAGUUAAAACUAUCAGGAGUCCAAAAAUACUAUUUGCUCGUUUUGCAUGGUUUCAAAUCAAUUCGUCUGACAGAACAACUUCAAGUUGUGGGUUUGUAUACAAAUAAGUAGGUGUGUUAACUGAGAACAAGAGAUUGUGGAAAAUGUCUAUGGGAACAUCUCUGUGGAAGCAUGAUUACUAUUUGAUGUUAGUUGGGACGCACACUGGAGAGUUUCAACCCUGUGAUACUCCUUGGGUAUGAAAACCCUAUGCCAAUUAACUAGUAUUUGCUUUUUCUUUAUUCAUAAAUCAAAUUCAAAACUGUAAAGUGUGAGACCUUUUUUUUAAAAAAAAAAAAAGGGAAAAGAAGAUUAAAGCAAUUUUGCAGGUGAUGAAAUCUUGUAGGAAGAUUUUUUUUUUUAAUAAUUUUGUAGCUAGUAUUCACUUUCACCUCCCCCAGACAAUGAUAUACUCCAGCCUAUUCCUGAUGAUUGUUUACAGAGAGGCUGAUGAAAAUACUGCUACCAUUCUUCAGGCUUGCCUUUUUGUUUAUUUAGGGCAAAUACUUCCCUUUUUGCUAGAGCUUGCUAGAAUUGCUUAACUUUAUUUGCUCUAAAGGGGAUGCUUUCUUUCUCAGUCUCCAUUUGUAAGUAACUUAUAACUUCCUGGCAGAAUGGACAACAGAUGAGAAUGUUAUACUUAAAGGUAUUAUUUUUUUUACAUGCUGUUUCAUUUUUCUGAGAAGCUAAGGUUGGCAUGGGUGUACAUAGUUAUUUUGAUUUCAGAAAAAAAUUGACAGCUAUCAGUAUUUUCUUUAAACAAUUUUUAUAAUGGUUUGGUUAGAAUUUAGUACUCCAGACAGAUGCUAAAUUUAAACCAUCAAAAGUUAAACAUGUGUGCACGAAUGUGAUGUAUACACUGUGUGCAAGGUUCUCCACACUACUUUCUUGACAGUUCAUGACUCUCCCACAAGAUUGAAAAGUAUUUCAGUCAUAGUCCCCGCUAAAUCCUUGUAGGUUAUAUAUCUCUGUAUACAGUUUAUAUUAUUAGUUUAAGAAAAACAACUAAAUUCCCCUGAGAUGCAGCUGCUGUAAUCUUAUAGAAAGAGCAGUCUCAGAAGAGCCUGACAUCUGAAGGUAUCUAGGCAGUAACAAGACAGGUAGCCGGUUAGGCAAAGAUAGGUGCGGACGUGUAUUUUCUGGAGUAAGAUUACUGUAUUUGUCACCCAUCAAACUUGACAUCAAAACAAAUUAAAUGAUCUUGUUCAAGAUACUGGUUCCACUACUCACUUUUGUUUGAACAACUGAGCUUAUGACUGGACUAAACAUUUUAUAUUAAAACCAUAACUGGUUGACCAAUCACUUUACCUGGUGACUAUUCUUCAAAUUGUUAAUUAUUUGCCUGUGAAAUGUGACUCUUAAAAGCUUCAUUUGUUUUCAUGUUGAAGGUUAUGUCUUACAGACCAGAACCAUGUUUUUCUUGUAUUUUGUAGCAACUUGAGUCUGCUUUGAUGAUGGGGCAUCAGUCCUACUUGUCCACAAGUAAUAAAGAGCAAAAAUUCCUCUUUGAA